ACGUCCAAGGUCCCGCCCUACUUCCAUUGAAAAAGAAAUGAAAGCGGUGUCUUUUGUUUUUCACGCUAUUUAUAUAGGCUAUCGUAGUUUAUUUUGUCGAUAUAAUGUUACAGGCAGAGUAGAAUAAUACGAACACGCCGACUUACAUUCCGCUCAUAAUGUCUAAACUACAGUUGCUGAAUGUGUAUCUUUCUGAACGACCAACAGCGGCUGCUGCUCUAGAGAUCUCCGUAGCCAAAGAGACAACCAUACCAGAGCUGCAUGAAGAAGUCUACCGUUUGAAGGAGGAGAAUUGCUGUCUACGAAGACUGUUGGAUUUGGUUUUCAAGCCAGAGUUAAAGUUACGCAGAGCAGAUUUCCAGCAGCUCACUCUCCCCAUAUCUGAAGAGGUUCCCCCUGAGCAGCAGCACUGUGAGCAGGAGUGGAGCCCCAGUCUGAUUCAGGAGGACCCAGUGCCCACACAGAUUAAAGAGGAACAGGAGGAACUACAGACCAGUCAAGAGGAAGAUCAGCUUCUAGGGCCCUUUCAUACCAAAGACUCCAUAUUCACUUCUCCCUUUGUGGAAAGUGACUGUGAUCAGGAGAACCCAUCUCAGCCCUCACAGCUACACCAAACCCAAACUGUUGAGGACAGAGAGAGGGACCCUCUACUCACCAACACAUCUAUAGAGAUCAAACUAGAACCUGAUGUAGAGGACUACAGAGUAUCAGAACCAGCCAGUGACUCUCAGCCCCUCUCUGCAGUAACUCCAGACUGUUCUGCAGCUCAGAGUGAAAACAUGGAAAGUGAUGAUGAGGUGGAGAGUAGAGGACAACAAUCAGUGUCUAAGACACUCCAAUCAAAGAGAAAACAGAUUGAGAAUGGAGAAAGCUCUCAUACCAAUACUGGAGGCAGGGUGGCCACUAUGUUGCCCCAUUUGACAUCUUCUAGUCAAACGUACGCUGCUCCUAAUUGCAAGAAGCGUACCAUCCGUAUGUGUGGGGAGUGUGAGCCAUGCAGGAGGACUGAGGAAUGUGCUCAGUGUGAUUUCUGUAAAGACAUGAAGAAGUUUGGAGGAUCCAAUAAGAUCAGACAGAAGUGCAGACUCAGGCAGUGUGACGUCCGCGCUCCGGAAAUGCUGCGUGUGAAGGAUGAGGAGGUUGACCUGUCUGGCUUGGGGAGCCUGAGGAGAGGAGGACAUCGGUCUGAUGACUACAGUGAGAAUAAGAUGGAAUGUGAUGAAGCUGCUCGCCCGUCACUAUAAAAAUGCACUGAACCAACAUGCAUGGUUGUUGAUGAAACUGAUGUUUAGAUGAACAGAAUGAAAUGGUCUCUAUAAUGCACAGCGCUUUAACUCAGACAGCUGUUUGUAGCUGCUGGAAAAGUAUUUCAAAGCCUAAACUUAACUCAGGAUGGAACUUUCCAGUGCUACUGUUUUUGUCAUGUAAUAUUUUUAUUAAAACAAAAUCAGACAACCA